AUGGUCAACGGAAUAUCACAAGUAUCCAUUCACUCGAGUGAGAGUUUCACAGAAUUCAAUGAUAUCAACAAGAAUGGUGACAUUAAAAGUUAUGAUGAAUCGGUGAUAUCUGAAUCUGAUGAAGCGGAAGAGUCUAUAAAUAAUCCUUUCCUGAAUGCCAAUUUCAGAGAAAAAUAUGUGCAAUUGUAUGAAGAGACGCAAUAUGAGUGUCGGUCAAGACUUGACCAUACUUUCAAGUGGACCAAGCAGGAACAGAGAAGAAUUACGUGGAAAUUGGACUUCAUUGUCACUGCCAUGGCAUGCCUUUUCUUUGCUUCCUUGAAUAUGGAUAGAAGCAAUUUGGCCCAGGCUGUUUCGGACAAUAUGUUGAAAGAUCUACACAUGACUACAGACAACUAUAAUACGGGAAACACCAUUUUCUAUAUCUGCUUUCUAUGUGCCGAAUUGCCCUCCCAGUUGGUUUCCAAAAGAUUGGGUGCAGAUGUUUGGAUUCCGAUUCAAAUGACCCUAUGGUCAAUCAUUACCAUUUGUCAGUUUAAACUUGAUGGUAAGCACAGCUUCUAUGCAUGCAGAGCCUUGUUAGGGUUAUGUGAAGGUGGGUUCAUUCCAGAUUUAGUCUUGUGGUUAUCGUAUUUCUACACUUCUGCCGAACUAUCGAUUAGACUUUCUUUCUUUUGGACAGCCAUGUAUGUCACAACCAUUAUUAACUAUCUAAUUGCUUACGGAAUUUUACAUAUGAGGGGAAUACACGGACAUGCAGGUUGGCAGUGGUUAUUCUUGAUUGAAGGUUUGUUGACACUUGGGAUUGGUAUUUCUGCCUUCUUUUUGAUGGUUCCUUCUCCAGUUCAAACAAAAAAACCUUGGAAUCCAAGAGGUUGGUUCACAGAGAGGGAAGAAAAAAUUGUUGUUAAUAAAGUGCUUAGAGACGAUCCUACCAAGGGCGAUAUGCAUAAUAGGCAAGGUUUGGACUUUAAAAUGUUGUUUCAGGCUAUAAGUGAUUGGCAUUUGUGGCCAAUGUACUUUAUCGGAAUUGUUGCGUAUAUUCCUGAAGGUACAGUGGGAAGUUAUAUGACGUUGUUACUUAGGGACAUGGGAUUUAGCACUUUCCACACUAACUUGCUUUGUAUUCCUUACAAUGUCUUGAAAAUUAUUACGUUAUUGUCAACAACGUGGGUCAGUGAACGAGUUAAUAAUAUUUUUGGUGUUGCCCUCAUUCAACCAUUAUGGUCUGUAGUUUGUUUCGGUGUUUUGAGAUUCUGGGGUGGAAACUACUACGAAAAGUGGCAAACUUAUGCACUUUUGACUGUGCUCUUAAGUGUUCCCUACAUUCAUGCAAUGAUGGUGUCUGCAACUUCCAGGAAUUCUAAAAGUAUUAAAACUAGGACAGUUAGUGCCUCGCUUUACAAUAUGUUUGUUCAGGCCGGCUCCAUUAUUUCUUCAAAUGUCUACCGGACCAAUGAUAAGCCUCUAUAUCAUAAAGGUAAUUCAGUUUUAUUUGCGUUUGCAUUAUUAAUGAUACCUACCUUACUUGCAACCAAAUACUUUUACCACUACCUAAACAUUAAGAGGGAGAAAAUUUGGAAUGCAAUGUCUGAUGAGGAACGGGACGAGUAUAUUGCAACCACAACCGAUAAGGGAUCAAAUAGAUUAGACUUUAGAUAUGCCCAUUGA